GACACAUCAAAACCUUGGUCAUGGAGCAGGCGCGAGCUAGUUUGGCACAGUCUCCGCAAUAUGCCUAUCUUCCCUCCAGAGACACGACAGACGCGCUGGCUAGGGUCAAUGAGUGCGUGGACAGGAUCAAAUCCAGCAUGAAGGCUCUGGGCGGUAAUCGAUUUGUUACGAGGCAGCGCAAAGAAUCAGGACAGCAAGCUACGGAGGCAGGAGGCUGCCUUCUCUCCGUGGACCUUAGCCAGGCCUUUGACAGAGUUAACAGGGCCAAGCUUGACGCUGCGCUCCGGGGCAUCAGGUGGACGCGGAUCUUCGCUCCACCGUCACAGCCAUACACGAAGAGGCGGCGUACAAAGUCCGGGACCGAUUCCAACAAUCAUCGGUGGUUACCACGCAAGGCAUCCGCCAAGGUUGUCGCCUUGCGCCGGCCACUGGAUGCUGCGGACUAUCGAAAAUGUCAUGACUAUGGAGACAUCGCCUACCUCGGCAAAAUGCUUUCUUUGAAGGAGGGGUCGGACAAAACUCUGGAAUUUCGUAUCGCGGAGGCCACAGCGAAAGGUCUGAACCGGGUCCUGCAGCCGGAACUUUUCUCUUAUGGCACGAUUGCUAACUUUGGGCUAGCCUCCUCAAAGCUGAAUCUCAACAAGCCAGUGCUAACAUUGUGGAAGCCACUAGUGCCGCUCUUCGCCAACACCAAGCACUCAGACAUGGCCAAGUUCAAGCAGAUAGGGUACAGAGUAGCCAUAAUCCGUCUUCGCAUCAAGGGAGGCAAGAUCCAGACACAGUGGAUAACAACGUUCAUUUCCAAAAAUCGGCUCGAGAGCACAGAAAGAAGUGUCUGCCCCUGCUUCAGCUUUGCCUCAGACAUGACUACAGCCGCGACUCCAAUGGAGACCACACCGGAACAGCAGCUGGCCACAGUGUGGAGGCUAAGCUCACCGCUGGCAGCGACAUUACCGACGCCUCAGAGGCAGAACGCGGCGGGAAGGCCCAAAGCAACUACACAGCAACCGAACAAAUUCAGAAAGGGCCAAGGCAAGGGCAAGCAGACACAACAGUCCAAACGAGCAAGAGAUCAGGAGGACGAGGAGCUCGUGAUGGACACAGACAACCUAGACGAGGACACGCUACGCAGCAUCCUUCGGGUGCUGGUCAGAGCAGCGUCGCGCCACGAGCAACAGCUCACAUCUUUGGAAGCCGAUCGGAGCUACGUCAUCUUCCUGGAGACCGGCAACCACGGCAUGAUCGACAUGAUGAUCCAAGCCAGCCAGACGUGGCGUCAACAGUACGAGGCCGGCACGGUCAAGACGUCCCUGCGAGCAACGCUGUGGGGGGUCAUGCUCAUGGAGUGGCAAGCCAGAUUGCAAAAAAUCGAGUCAGAUGCCGCGGCCCUGCAGACAGCAGAAACAGCCAACUGGAUAGCGCGGCCGGACCUUCAAGCAGAAGUGGUCGUCAUGCUUCUCACGCUGACUAUCCAUCAUCAGGCCACGGAAGUCUACCGGGACCUGGACCUGCUCGAGAACAGCUGUGCAGGGAAGGUCAUUGGUCUUCGCCUCCGAAGGGAACGUGUCGGCAAGACCAACCUGGCAAAGGAGCUGGAAAAAAUGCAGCUCUAG